ACCCCUCUGCUAGUGGAGAUGGCUGCAGACCUAGUCGACUUUGCGAAGUGGCAACGGGUUCUUCUCUAGCUGCAUCUGCACCGCACGCGUUUGACAGUACCUCGGUCCACGCGUUUAUUACGUAACAGGAACGCAAGGGCAAACUUUUGGUGACAUUUUUACGCACAGAUUCCCAGUUUGCACGAGUAGACGACCAUUGCGUUGUUCUCUUACUACUUCAACCGCGCGAUAUUCAGCAAAAGAAAAAAGAAAAAAGAAAAAACCAAAGCGCCACGAUGCAAUUUUAUAUAGCUGUGGUAUUCGCUUACGGAGUGUGGGCACUCAAUAUGACAGAGGAGAGGAGGACUUGCCCACUAGGAUAUUUCCCCUGUGGGAACCUGACCUUUUGUCUCCCUCAGCUCAUGCACUGCAACGGUAUCGAUGACUGUGGAAAUCAAGCAGAUGAGGAGAACUGUGGAGAUAAUAAUGGAUGGCCCCAUCUUUUUGACAAGUAUUUUGGAAUGCCGAGUCAUAACGCCAGGACCAAGUCCAAUGUAUGCUUGCUUGGUGUGGUUCCUGAGCUCUGCCUGUGCCGGGACCUGGAGCUUGACUGUGACGGGGCUCAUCUUCAAGAUAUCCCAGUGGUAGCAAUGAAUGUCACUAUGAUGUCCCUACAAAGGAAUGGGCUUCAGAAACUUAGAGCGAACAUAUUCUUUAAGUACCAGAGCCUGCAGAAACUAUAUCUCCAGCACAACAAGAUUCAAGAUGUGAGUCCUGAUGCAUUUAGAGGGCUGUAUAACCUGACAAGACUAUAUCUGAGCAACAACAGGAUAUCGGUUUUAAUGCCUUGGGUGUUCAGGGAUCUGCACAAACUGGAGUGGUUGAUUCUUGAAAAUAACAACAUCCAUCAAAUAUCCCCCACGACCUUUUCAGGACUGAACUCCCUUGUUCUAUUGGUUUUGCUGAACAACUCUUUGACAAAGCUGGAUGACAUCUGUCGAGAAAUGCCCAGAUUAAAUUGGUUGGACCUGGAAGGAAAUCUCAUUGAAGUGAUUGGCAAUGCCUCAUUCAGCUCAUGCACCAUGCUGACAGUUCUGGUUCUGCAGCGAAAUAGGAUCAGCUACGUACAUGAACAGGCUUUCUCAGUCCUGCAAAAGCUUGGAGAAUUGGAUCUAUCCAGAAACAGACUGGCAGGAAUCCCUCCGAAUCUCUUUGUCUUACUUGAGGAUUUGCUCCAGCUAAAUAUAUCGUACAAUCCCAUCAUGGAGCUGCAAGUUGACCACUUUGAUAAGUUACAUAAGUUAAAAUCAUUGAGCAUAGAAGGAAUAGAAAUUGGAAACAUUCAGCGAAGGAUGUUUGAACCUCUCAAAUACUUGACUCAUAUCUACUUCAAGAAAUUCCAGUACUGUGGCUAUGCUCCUCAUGUGCGUAGUUGUAAGCCCAACACUGAUGGAAUCUCAUCCUUUGAGAACCUACUGGCCAAUAUUGUGCUGAGGGUCUUCGUCUGGGUUGUGUCUGCUACCACCUGCUUCGGCAAUAUCUUCGUCAUCUGCAUGCGGUCGUACAUUCGCUCAGAGAACAAACUACAUGCCAUGUGCAUCAUCUCCCUCUGCUGUGCAGAUGGGUUGAUGGGCAUCUACCUCUUCAUGAUCGGUGCAUAUGACCUAAAGUUUCGAGGCGAGUACAACCGGCAUGCCCAGGCGUGGAUGGAUAGCAGCCAGUGUCAGGUCAUUGGCUCUUUGGCCAUGCUGUCCACUGAAGUAUCUGUCCUGCUCCUCACAUAUCUAACGCUGGAGAAAUACAUCUGCAUAGUCUACCCUUUCCAGUACUUGACUCCUGGCUGGCGACGAACUGUCACCAUCCUUCUUGGGAUAUGGGUGUUUGGUUUUAUUAUUGCCUUCCUCCCAUUAGUUUGCAAGGGGCUGUUUCGCAACUUUUACGGGACCAAUGGUGUCUGCUUUCCACUGCACUCUGAACAACCAGAGACUCUAUGGGCUCACGUUUACUCCGUCGUUAUUUUCCUGGGUCUUAACCUGGUGGCAUUCCUCAUCAUUGUCCUCUCCUAUGCAAGUAUGUUUUAUAACAUCCAGAGAACAGGCACUCAGACCACUAAAUAUAGCAACCACAUCAAAAAAGAGGUGACCAUUGCCAAAAGAUUCUUCUCUAUCGUCAUUACUGACUCCCUCUGCUGGAUCCCCAUUUUCAUCCUCAAGAUCCUCUCGCUGCUGCAGGUGGAGAUUCCCGGUACCAUCAGCUCCUGGGUGGUCAUAUUUAUUCUCCCCAUCAACAGCGCACUUAACCCCAUCCUUUACACACUAACAACACGGCCUUUCAAAGAGACUAUUGUGCAGGUGUGGGCUAACUACAGACAGAGGAGGCCCCUCCUUAGCAGACACCCAGCUCAUCAUCCAUCGCUCACUUGGCAGGAAAUGUGGCCCCUGCAGGAAAACAGCCAUAGUGUCAGCGUGGGGCAGGAAUUUGAAGCAAAUGGCACAAAGCCCAAGCUCACGCCUGUGGAAAAUACUAAUGAGGGGUACAAUGACAUUAAAGCAUCAAGCAGAAAGCAGGAAACACAACAUACAGUGCUGUCAGUAUGUUCUAAGACUGAAACACCACCACAUACACACAUUCACACAGGCACACAAACAAAUUAA